AUGGGUAAUACUCAAGUAUCUAAAGCUCAAUUAUCUUUUAAGGAUAUUUUUCCCAGAUGUAAGACAUAUUAUAAUUCUAUUACAUACAAUAUGAAUGGAGGUCGUGUACAAAUAGCACUAAAGGGGCCUUGCAAUGAUAUUAGUGCAGAAUUUACUCCUGAUAAAUAUGUGUAUAAUGUUUUUUAUGUACCUUGCGAAAAACUAUAUUUUUAUUUACAUGAAUUAAAAAAUAUGAAAGAAGACACUAGAAAACCAUAUUGUAAUUUUUAUAUCUACGAGCUGAAACGUGAAGCAAGGAAUAAAAGUCCUAAAGUUAAUUCGUUUGAUGAUCUUCACAAAAAACUCAUAGAUGCAUACAGUAAAACAGGUGUACGCAUACCUGAUGUAUGUAAAGAAUAUGUAUCAAUAAUGAAUGAUGAUGUAUAUGAAAUAUUCAAAAUGUUUGAUGAAUUAUAUGAUCAUUUUAAAUCUUUAAAACAUGUGAGGCAAAAUAGAGAACAAUACGUUAAAUUAUGUGUACAAACAUAUGAGAAAUUUUCAGAAAUAGAUAAAACCAAGUUUAACAAUACAAUUGAUGAAGAACUGGAUAGAUUUAAACGAGAAUUUAAUAGUUAUUAUACUGCUUAUGGUUCAUACUUACGACCAAGGAAAAGAAAGUUAAAAAAUAUGUGGAACACAAAAAAUAAAAAACAUUACGAAUUAAUGAAUUUAUUUGAACAGUCUCAUAAAAAUAUAAUUCAAAAUAAACACAAUAUAUUAUAUAAUUCAGUGGAUUAG